UUCAGCUUUUGGUAAAUAAAUCCGACGUGGGUUGUCUAAAGUUUUUUGAUUAAUUCUAGUAAAAAUUCAGCUCAAUAACUAGUGAAAAUGUCGUCAUGGAAAAAGGCGGCGAAAGCCAACCAGAAAACGCACAAGGAAAGACACCAGCUAGAGUCCCGAAAACAUCUGGGACUUCUGGAAAAGAAAAAGGAUUAUAAAAAGCGAGCUGAUGAUUACCAUGAGAAGGGUGAAACCCUCAAGCUUCUGCGGAAACGAGCCCUGGACAAGAACCCCGAUGAAUUCUACUUCCAUAUGAUAAAUUCCAGAGUCAAAGAUGGGGAGCAUCAUGAAUUACAAAAAGAAGACGAGAGCACCAAAGAACAGGUGAAGCUCAUGCAGACACAGGACAUCAAGUACAUCAACAUGAAGAGGAUUAUAGAGAGUCGUAGAAUCACUCGUUUGCAGUCUCAACUCCACAUGUCAGACGUGUCAGACGCCACACCGAACACACACACAUUCUUCGUUGACGAAGGAGAGGAAAAGGACUUCGACUUGGCGAAGAGGCUCGACACGCACCCAGACCUCAUCGGUCGGAAGAGCAACCGGCCCCGCCUGUCCACGCUGAAGAAGAUGAACAUGCCAGAUAUUGAUGAACAGACCUCCGAGCAAAUGAAGAAGAAAAAAGAGAAACUCUACAAAGAGCUGUCAAAGAGAAUAGAACGAGAGAAAGACCUGACAGUCGUGCAACAGAAGAUGGAGCUAAAGCGCCAUCUACAGGAUGUUAAAGUGAUGAAGCCGAAGCGGGUGCAGCGAGGGACCAAACAGUCGGCCCCUGUGUACCAGUUCCAGUAUAUGAGGAAGAAGUAAAUAGAUUGUUUUACAUAGAUC